UCAGUUCUGCUCAAGACCGAUUUGCUGAAGAGUUGACAAUCUUUAAGCAUUGAUUUACUUGUUUCUAUCGGCUGGUUUGAAAUCGAUUUAGGUGUAUGAUUUUAACAUUUGGGGAUUUAGGGUUUCAGUUCUGCUUAAGAUUCACCCGUCAAAGAGUUAACCAAUUUAUUAGAGGUUUUGCUAAAGGGAACUCAUCAUUUCAGUUUGGAAUUUUCUGGGGUUUUCGAUUCAAGACUUCAAAAUAUGUGAGUUGAGGGUUUAAGAAUUGAAGAUCAGACCAGCCGUUUCUUCACUCAAAUAAUAGGUACUUCGUUUUUCCAUCUUUCAAUUCUGGGUUUUACUGUUCAUCAUCAAAAGGGAUUUAAGGAUAUCGUUGCUAAUUGAUUAAGCUUUUUAGGGCUUCUUAUACCAAAUUUAAUUUUGGGUGUUUCUUGAUUUGAAUGCUUAAUUGGUUACAACUGGAGAUAAUUUUCAAGGCUUGAUUUGAUUUUUCUGAUGUGGAAAAUGCUUUUUGGUUUUUUCUUCUUUAUCUCUGGGUAUAUCUUGUUGAGCCAAUUGAAAUUGGAGAAUAUAAGAGGUUUUGGGAAUUGUUGGGAGAGUUUUCUAGCAGCAAAUAAGUGGUGUCCUUAUAAUAAUCUCCAGACUGUUUAAGGAUAAACAAGAUGCCACUCAGCAAAAUUCCAAGUUAAUCAUCUCAAGGUUACCAGUAAAAUCUGUAUUAGCAUGCAAAUGUGUGUCUAGGAGUUGGUUAAAAGUAAUUUCUUGCCUAAUUUCUGAUCCGGAUUUUGUGCAAAUGCAUCUUGAUUUUCACAGAGAAAGCUCUACUCGUCUCAUGUUUGGACGUCGUAUUUAUGAUGAAGACAGGACCUAUACUCAAAUACACUCAAUUGGUUAUGACUCAUUAGCAUCAUUAUUACUGCCUAAAAUUGAAGCUGAGAAUGAUAAUAGUAGUGAUGAUGUUGAAAUGGAUUAUUCGGAUUCGUCAUCAACAUUGAAUGGGACUUAUGGUUAUUCUAGUCAGAUGGAUUAUCCAUUUAAAGAUUCAGGUCUUACUGUCGAUUUUUUUGGUUCUUGUAAUGGUAUUCUCUGCUUAUGGUUUCAUGACUACGAAUGGGGUGAUGAUCAGGAGCAAUUCUUUUGUCUUUGGAACCCAGCUACCAACGAGUACAAGAGAAUAUCUGAAGCACCCAAAAGAUACAAUUACCGGGACAUCACACUACAUGCUUUUGUUUAUGAUCCCACAGCUGCUGAUUACAAGUUUAUAAUUGCUGUAUCCUCUGAAGAUGACACAAAUGAAAUGAGAUCUUUAGUUCACGCCUAUUCGUUAGCAUCAGAUUCAUGGAAAAGCUUUCUAACACCUUAUGAUUUCUAUUAUUUGUCCCAAAAAUCUGGGGUACUUUUUAAUGGAGAUCUUCAUUGGCUCGGCUUGUUAACCCAUUCCAUAGUCUCUUUGGAUAUUAGGAACGAAGAAUUCAAUGAAAUUCAACUACCAUUAGGAUGUGGACAGCUUUAUCUUGUGGGGGGUAUUAGAAGAGCGCCUGUGUGUACUCGUUGCAGAUGAAAAUGAUGAUAUUCACAUAUGGGCAAUGCAAGUUUAUGGAGAUCCAAAAUCAUGGACUAAACGAUAUACCGUUACCCAUGAGAUAAUGACUAGUAGAAUUUUUUGUCAUGGCUCUUAUUUGAGUUCUAUGUGGUCCUUUAAAAAUGGUGUUAUUCUGUUUGAGGAGAUUAAUUGCCUAUGUCUGUAUGACCCAGAGCAUGGGAGAGCUAUUGAAUGUAAGGUGAACUAUGGGUCGGUAGAGAAUUAUUCAGAAAGUUUAGUGUCAUUAAACUCUGGUACCUAUGUCGGAGGAAGAACGGCAAAUAGUUCUUACACGGAGCUCGAGAUUCUUAGGUAUAAGAACUCAGUUCUUGAAGAACGUAUUACUGAACUUGAAGAACGUAAUGCUGAAGUACAAACAAAGCUUCACGAGUCUCAAGUAGCUCAGAAAGAAGCAGAGGAGAGUAAGAAAGACGAUUUAGGAGAAAUUGCCAUGACUAAGAAAAACGGUCGAAAGAGGAAGGAGGAACAUCAGUAUAAUACCAGGAGGGCCUCGAAAGCGUUUGCAGUCAUGGUAUCAAGUUCGGGAGAAAGCACAAUUUUCGAUGAUGAGUGUUACUGUGCAGCAGAGAGCUGAGAAAGGGCAACCUAAACUUGUUCUGUUGCAGACCGGUGGUACUCUGGAGCCUUACCAAAUUGAAGUUGUAGAGGGAUCUAAGACUCACUCCACAUCCAAGGACACUUAUCAAUCAAUGACCGUAAAGACGCUGCGCGACCUUCUAAAAGAAAGAGGUUUGAUGGUGAAAGGAAAGAAGGAUGAGCUGAUUGCACGUCUCAGGGGCACUUGAGAACCUUCCAGGAAAUGCUUUUUAGGAUAUAGCACCUUGGGCGAGAAAGUUAAUUCAAGAUCAAGUGACGCUUGACAGAAAAUGGAGGUGCGUCAUAUGUUUGCAUUCUUUUCUACCGAAUGAAAAAAUUAGUCCUGUAAGUUAGCAAGUGCAGUCACUACUUUGGCUACUUGGAUAGGUCGAGAUUUAUCAAGCUUUUUGUGACUUAUUCUCGUUGCCUAUAAAACGCCAAUGUCUCUUUUUUCUUAAAGCAGAAGCUUAGAAUCAUCACCAUAAUGUACCUGAACUUCAAUGUCUAAAUUGCUUCAUGCUGUAUUUCUCCUUACAUGUGAUGUCAGGGAAACAUAUGUUCUGCUAAAUUCGACAGGCUAAGCUUUUUUUAGUUUCA